AUGCUGGUUCUUCUCGUAGCAGCGCUCUGUAGAUGCCAUCCAAUCCAGUCAGCAAAAAUCCUACCACGGGUUUUAUCUUACACAUGUCUUCGUCUUCGCGACAGACACGCAAAGACAACGGAUGCAUGUGUGAUAUUGGUGUCAGCCGUUGCCUUGUACGUCCUACCGUGCCCCACCGUAUCGCUUCCUGAUACCGGGAACAGUGCUGAGCAGCGGUUUGAAGCGGUAGCUGCUGUGUUCACGAAGGAGACAAAUGCAAUCGGCGAAGCAGCCACGAGAUGUCUCUGUGCUUUGCUUCACCCCGUAGAUUUUGAUGGAGUAUCUGUACCAGGUCCCAGCACCAUUCUUGCUCAUGCCACCCGGAUACGUCCAUUCUUCAACAGUCUCUUGGCUGACGUUGUUGCGAAGAUAGACGGUAGCACGAUGUUUGCUACCUUUUCACCUUUGUUUCUAUUGCUCCAGUCAGCGUGCCAGCUAGCUCGAGACGCGCAUGAAAAAGGGUCUUUGACUGGGCUUGGUGACGACUUUUCUCCUUACAUUGGAUCAAUCUUCGAAGCGAUAGAGGAUUCCUUUCAAUACGGCCCUCGUGACAACUGGGUGCUGAGAAAACGUGCAAUGGAACUGCUGACUCUGAUGCUCGAUGUAUUCGUUCUGCAAGAGUCUGCUUGGUGCUCCUCCGUUCAAGUCGCAACAGAGUAUUUUCAAUCACAAUUGGUACGUAAUCUACUACGUAGAUAG